UGGAGACCCUCGGCCCUCCCGGAGCGCCCUAGGGAUGCGGGCGGCGCCGGCCUCCGCUGCUGAUGGAGGCGGGUGGCGCCACCCCGGGCGCAGGUGACACUCGCCGGGCCUGGGUUUCGGUCGGAAGGGAGGUGCGCUGGGAGCUCGAGACGCAGCCGCCCCAGGGACUACGGACCCGGCAGCGAUGGCGGGAGAGCUGAGCCAGGAGGCACUGCUGGACUUUCUGUGCCAGGCCGGGGGCCGAGUGCGUAACGCAGAGCUGCUGAGCCACUUCAAGAGCUUCCUGCGCGACCCUCACGUGCCUCCAGCUCAGCUGCAGGAGCGUCGCGAGCUCUUCAAGGGCUUCGUGAACUCGGUGGCCGCAGUGCGCCAGGACCCCGACGGCACCAAGUAUGUGGUGCUCAAGAGGAGGUACAGGGACCUGCUGGGGGAGGACGGCCUGCAGCGACCCGCCCCCGCAGACGGACAGCCUCGGAACCACUGCCGCCGUGACCCGGAGCCACAGAAGCCGCGGGCAGCUGCGGGGACCCGGGUGGACGUAGGUGGCGAUGAGUUAGUGGGCAGCAGCGCGCGGAAGGCGACCGGGCCAGACCCCAGUCCGGAGGACAGCCCGAGCCAGAGGACACCGGGGCCGGAGGCUGCUCAAGCCAGAGGCAGGUGUGCGGCGGUGGGGACGCGGGGACGCUGCUGCUGGGAGUGCCAGCAGAAUGGCUGGAGACAGCCGCCGCCGGAAGAUCUCGGAGACCCUGCAGCCGCCUGCGAGAAGCCCGAGCGCGCUGCGCCUGCCCGGGAUGACCUCGGAGCUCCGGGGUGGCUGCGGGAAGGAGCGGCGGCCGAGCGCUCGCCGGUGUCUGUAACGUCUGUCUGGCCUCCGGCCGCCGUCGAGGCUGCUGGCAGCCCGACGUCCCCGCCCGCUCUCCCGGCUCCCUCCGGAGAGCCGCUGGAGCUGUUUACUGCCGGCUCCCCGAACCAUUCAAGCCAGCAGCUGCAGCAGCAGCAGCAGCGCACUCGAGAGUGGGUAGCCAGAUGCCCGCAGGUGCCCGAGGCCGGGAUCCAGGGUCCCACUCGCGCCUGGUCGGUGUUGCCAGACAAUUUCCUUCAGCUAUCUUCAGAAACCGCCUCUGGGGUCCCGGAGACCAACUCGGCGCUGCCAGAGCCCGCUCUGUCUUUUCAUUCUCUCCUUCCCGGGGUUCCUGACGAAUCCUCUGAAUCCUGGCCGGGGAACGCUCCACCUACUGUCUUUCGAAGCAUUCGUUGUCAGCUGUCCCUACAGGAUCUGGACGACUUUGUAGAUCAAGAGAGCCAGGAGAGUGAGGAGAGCAGCAGUGGACCCAAAGAAUCUCCCGGAACCCCCGAAGAGGGGCUGCAACCUGUCCCGAGAACGUUCUUUUGGGGCGAGCUCAAGGAUCCAGUCGAGGAUCUGUUUGUGUCACCAAACGAAGGCAGCUCCUACCUGAUCCGGCCGGGCCUCAAGAAUAGAGGGAAUGCGCCCAGCUUUCGGAAGGCCCCAGCAGUGGCUAAAAGCCUUGGAGACCACCUGCAGGAGCCCUUCCCUGCCCCCAAGUUCCGGAGGUCUGUCAGGAGGAGCUCUCGAACAGGGAGAACCAAAUCUCCUUCUUCCUCAGAUGAGGAGCAUCUUGAUGAGGACUUGUUGAAAAGGAGUCGGCGCCCACCUCGGUCCAGGAAACCUUCCAAGGCAGGAGCCCUGCCCAGCCCAAGAGCGGAUGUUGUUUUGAUACAGAAAUUGGUAGAUGCUAAUGCUGUGGCCAGUCAGCCAUACUCCUCAUGGGUCCCAAGCAGAGAUGGAUCUGCAGCCCUGAUACCCCACAGACCUUCUGAGCACAGGUCACCCCUUGUCCCCCUAGAUGCCAGAGAGCAUGAGUGGAUUGUGAGGCUUGCCAGUGGUUCCUGGUUACAAGUACUGACGUUGUUCUGGGAGGACCCCCAGCUGGCUUUGCACAGAGACUUCCUGACUGGGUACACAGCCUUGCACUGGAUAGCAAAGCAUGGUGACCUGAGUGCCCUUCAGGACUUGGUCUCUGGAGCCCAGAAGGCAGGGAUUGCACUAGAUGUAAACGUGAGGUCCAGCUGCGGCUAUACCCCACUGCACCUCGCAGCUAUUCACGGGCACCAGGGAGUCAUCAAAUUGCUAGUGCAAAGACUGGCUUCUCGGGUGAACAUUCGGGACUGCAGUGGCAAGAAGCCGUGGCAGUAUCUGAACAGCAAUGUCUCUGGGGAAACGUGGCAGCUCCUGGGUGCACCCCGGGGCAAACCUAUCUUCCCUGUCUAUUCCUUAGUCCGAAGCUCUUCCCCAGCCAGGAAGGUGAAGAGCCGGGAAGUGUCUAGAAAUGUCACCCGGAAGACCUCAUUGGCUGCCCUGCUCAAAACUCAGCACAACAAAUGGAAAUUGGCCAGCCAAUAUGAGAAAUUCCACACCCCAAAGGAGAGAGAAGAAUACAGUGACUGAGGUGGGCUUUUCUCUCCAAGGGGCUUGCGGCAGCGCAUGCGCGCACGCUAAGUAGGUGGAGAGAACCCAAGGGAAGCAGAAAACUGUUAGGAGUUGAUAAAGAUAGAGGACCCGUGAAAUGGUGUCCUCAAGGGUCAUCUCAAGUUCUUGAACGCUCUUACGGUCUGUGAAAAGUGACUGAAGCUAAUCCAGUCACUCAGGCCUGCGCGGGGUCCCUCUCUCUCCUGAGCCAGCCAGGGGUCAGGGCACAGGAAGGCUCAGUAUUUUCUGAGGCAGUGCCAGCCAGGCCUUACUAGAAAGGGAACAGACGCGUCAAAGGGAGGCGAUUCGUGCAACACCAUAGCUUACACUCUCCCUGGCUGGAAGUUCUUUGGCUUCUGUUCAUCUCUAGAAUAAAUCUUGGCUGAGUGGAGAGCACCAGGUUUAAAGUCAGAUGGCUUCCCUUUGCUUCCUUUAUGCGCCUUUUAGCGAUUCCAACCAGUGGAAUAAAAUUGUUCCCGGAGAGUGGAGGGUUAGAUUGAAGAGAUUUCCUCAGUCCUGCGUCUUCCCGAGAGAAGGCGUCGUCUACAGCGCUUGGUGUAAACUGAUGACCGAUUUCUCUGGGUGUCAUUACCACUGACAGGAGAAGCAGAGGAGUGACAUCCAGGAAUGAUCAUGACUCCACUCCCUAGAGAAAUGACCACAUUCAGACUCUGUUUUGUUUUCUGUUUGUUUUUGCCGUUGUUUGUUUUUGUACCAACUCAAAGUGAGCUUCCCAAGAGUAAACACAUUUUGGUUCAUCUGUGUAAUGACUGAAACUCUUCAUCCUGCAGGGGAAGAUUCGUUGUGUAGCAAACAGGGUCAUCUCUAACAGCGUUCCCCACGCCAGAAGGUCAAAGUUGGGACUGGGGAACGGAGCUGGAUUCCCUUUGGGGAAGCGGUAGGGCUAAAAGCAUCAGAACUUUGUUAAGCUGCUAAGUAUAAUGUUAUUUGCACUAAACUUUUUGCCAAUUAAGAUUAAAUAUUAGCCUUGAAGUACUGAAUGUCUAACAGGAAGUGUCUCAUUCAGCUCUCAGGAAGAGGCCGAUCACGGCAGGGCCCUGGCUGAAAGGUGAUUCUGCCACUCCAGGAAAAUGUGUAAAUUCUGAAUAUAAAUCCAAAGAGGGCUGAAAAGUUCAAUGU